AACAGCCUACAAAGGGGAGGUGCUAGAAGUCGGACCGGAAGUGGAAGCGGUCCUCCAAGGCUUUUUUGCCGCUGGUGUCAGGAGUAUUUUCAUAUCCCAAUACCGAGAAAUCUUUGAGAUUUCUGGGUGUCUCUGGGGAGCUCCUGGGCCAGAUCUUCCUCCAGACUCCAGCCUACCUCUUCAGAGCAGCUCUGCUUGAGUUCACAGAUGACUGCCAAGCUUCACACACCCUAGAGGAAAAGGGUUGAGACCCAGUGUGGCCAUGCCAGCUAAUUGGACCUCAUCUCAGAAAUCCUCAGCCCUGGCUCCAGAGGAUCAUGGCAGCUCCUGUGAGGGAUCAGUGUCCUUCAGGGAUGUAGCUAUCGAUUUCAGCAGAGAGGAAUGGCGGCACCUGGACCCUUCGCAGAGAAACCUGUACCGGGAUGUGAUGCUGGAGACCUACAGCCACCUGCUCUCAGUAGGGUAUCAAGUUCCUGAAGCAGAGGUGGUCAUGUUGGAGCAAGGAAAGGAACCAUGGGCACUGCAGAGUGAGAGGCCGCGUCAAAGCUGCCCAGGAGAGAAAUUAUGGGACCAUAAUCAAUGUAGAAAAAUCCUCAGUUAUAAACAAGUAUCCUCUCAACCACAAAAAGUUUAUCCCGGGGAGAAACCUUAUGAAUGCGCUGAAUUUGAAAAAAUAUUCACCCAGAAGUCACAGCUCAAAGUACACCUGAAAGUUCUUGCAGGAGAAAAGCUCUAUGUAUGCAUUGAAUGUGGGAAGGCUUUUGUACAGAAGCCAGAAUUUAUUAUACACCAGAAAACCCAUAUGAGAGAGAAACCCUUUAAAUGCAAUGAAUGUGGAAAAUCCUUUUUUCAAGUAUCGUCUCUCUUCAGACAUCAGAGAAUUCAUACCGGAGAGAAACUCUAUGAAUGCAGCCAAUGUGGGAAAGGCUUCUCUUAUAACUCAGAUCUCAGUAUACAUGAGAAAAUUCAUACUGGAGAGAGACACCAUGAAUGCACUGACUGUGGCAAAGCAUUCACACAAAAGUCCACACUCAAGAUGCAUCAGAAAAUCCACACAGGCGAGAGAUCCUACAUCUGUAUUGAAUGCGGACAGGCCUUCAUCCAGAAGACUCAUUUGAUUGCACACCGAAGAAUUCAUACUGGAGAGAAACCAUAUGAGUGCAGUAACUGUGGCAAAUCCUUCAUUUCCAAGUCACAACUUCAGGUACAUCAACGCGUUCACACAAGAGUGAAGCCCUAUGUAUGUACCGAAUAUGGGAAGGUCUUCAGCAAUAAUUCCAACCUCAUUACACAUAAGAAAGUCCAAAUUAGAGAGAAAUCUUCUAUAUGUACUGAGUGUGGGAAGGCCUUUACCUACAGGUCAGAGUUGAUUAUUCAUCAGAGAAUUCACACUGGAGAGAAACCGUAUGAAUGCAGUGACUGUGGAAAAGCCUUCACUCAGAAGUCAGCACUCACAGUGCAUCAGAGAAUUCAUACAGGAGAAAAAUCAUAUGUAUGCAUGAAAUGUGGACUGGCCUUCAUUCAGAAGGCACAUUUGAUUGCACAUCAAAUAAUUCAUACUGGAGAAAAACCUUAUAAAUGUGGUCACUGUGGGAAAUUGUUUACUUCCAAGUCACAACUCCAUGUUCAUAAACGAAUUCACACAGGAGAAAAACCCUAUAUGUGCAAUAAAUGUGGGAAGGCAUUCACCAACCGGUCAAAUCUCAUUACACAUCAGAAAACUCAUACAGGAGAGAAAUCUUAUAUAUGUUCCAAAUGUGGAAAGGCCUUCACCCAGCGGUCAGACUUGAUUACACAUCAGAGAAUCCAUACUGGGGAGAAGCCUUAUGAAUGCAGUACUUGUGGAAAAGCCUUCACUCAGAAGUCACACCUCAAUAUACACCAGAAAAUUCAUACUGGAGAGAGACAGUAUGAAUGCCACGAAUGUGGGAAAGCCUUCAACCAGAAAUCAAUACUCAUUGUUCAUCAGAAAAUUCAUACAGGAGAGAAACCCUAUGUAUGCACCGAGUGUGGAAGAGCUUUCAUCCGCAAGUCAAACUUUAUUACUCAUCAAAGAAUUCAUACUGGAGAGAAACCUUAUGAAUGCAGUGACUGUGGGAAGUCCUUUACCUCCAAGUCUCAGCUCCUGGUGCAUCAGCCAAUCUCACAGCCAGGAGAGAAACCCUAUGUGUGUGCCGAGUGUGGGAAGGCCUUUAGUGGCAGGUCAAAUCUCAGUAAGCACCAGAAAACUCAUAUACGGGAGAAAAGCCCUAAGAUCUGUUCUGAAUGUGGAAGACCUUCGACAGAAGUCAGAGUUGAUUACACAUCAUAGAAUCUACACUGAGAGAAACCAUAUGAGUGAAAGAGACUUUUAGUCCCUUUUUCCCACUCCCAGGCCUUGGCAAUCACCAGUCUGUUUCUGUCUCUAUAGUUCUGCCUUUUCCAUAAUAUUGUAUAAGUGGAGUCAUUGUGUGUGUGUGUUUUGUAUGUGUAUGUGUAUCUCCUUUUGAGUCGGAGUGCUUUCAUUUAACGUGAUGUGUUUGAGAUUCAUCCAUAUGGUUAUAUGAAAAAAACAAAAUAGAAAAUAUGGCGAUGAAAAAGAUGCUCAACAUCUUUAAUUAUCAGGAAAAUCUAAAUUAAACCACAAUGAGAUACUGCUAUAGAAUGGGCUUUUAGAAUGGCUAAAAAUGAAAAUGUACCACACAUUGGCGAAUACAGACUGAUGGA